CAAUUAUCUAUCUUAAGUAAACAAUUGAAGUUUAUCUUAAUUAGCAGAAAAAGACAGAUAUAAUUAAAAAUUAUCUCAUCGAUUAGCAAGUCCACAUUUCAUUCAUCAAUAACUUCACAGAGUAUUCCAUCGUUGGUAUCAUACUGUCAUACAAAAUCAAACACUUUAGUUUCCUUUGCAAAUUCAAACAUCGGUUUAUUACAAUGUUGGUCACUGCAACAGUUAUGGCGCAAGUGAUUAUGUAUGGAUCAUACACGAUGUGGCUGAUGAUGCCAUAUUUAACGGAGGUAUGGGAUAUGAGCAUCAUGCAAGCAGCUGCAGUUAUCAACAUAUUUGAUGGAGUAGUUGCCAUUCUUCCACUCGGGUUGAAAUUUAUUAUUGAUUCAAUUGGUAAUUCCAUGAUGGCUGAUUAUUUGAUGCUUUUGUGGUGUGGGAUCUCUAGUACUUUGGGUUUGUUGCUUGUAACAUUGUCCACACCACCAAUGCUUUCAAAGGUUACCGGUACAUGUAUCGAAUACAAACUCAAGUGUAUAGGUCAUACACAAAUAACACUUUUCUACACUGGUUUAGUUCUAUUAGCCACAGCAAUGGCUACUUGCCUUACAUCACUAAGGCCAUACAUCUUUAAGCGCGCGAAAAGCAUGGGAAUCAAGAAACCGCAAGAUAUAUGGAUGGUAAGACAAUCACUCGUGCAAAAGGGAGGCGAAGAAACACUCCUAGAACGACUUCAAGAAGCGAAAUCACAUGUCAAUCCAAACGUUUUGAAGAAUAUAGCAUAUCAAUGGCCUAGUGAGCUUUGGCUAUAUCGUUGCAAUGGGGUAUUUACUAUGGUUCUUGUAGUCUUAGUAUUUUGGGUAAUGCCUUGGUCCUUAAGGCUUGGAAUUCCAGUCAUAAUAUUGUUAAUGUCGACCUUGUUGUUUGUUGCCAAGCCAUGGUACCAUAUCAUUGGAGCGGAAGGGGUGUCAAUCGAACCCUUUGAGAUCUCGUUAAUGAUCAAAACCAUUGCAAAAUUUCUAAUGUGUAAGUUUCCUAUUUGGUCUACCUUUGUGAUCGGAGGCCUUGUUUCUUCGGUUGGAAACACUUAUUUCAUGGAGCAAGCCGGACAAAUGGAUCCAAAGCUCGGACAUUGGGAAGUCCCUACAGCCUUUUUCUUGUUAUUCUAUAAACUUGUAAACAUGGUUUCUACUAAGAUAUGUCAAGGAAUCAUCUCCUCCAACUCGAACAAAUCUAGAUGGAUUACCGCAUUUUCACUAGGAAUCUCCGUCAUAUGUUGUAUGAAUGCUGCAUUAGUCGAGAAAACAAGGCUAGACGUGGUGAAGAGUCAUGGUUUGAUCGAUAAGUCCGACGAGUUAGUUCCCCUAAGUAUGUUUCUUAUGCUACCACAAUUUUUUCUCUUGGGAGUUUUUGAUGGAGCUUACAAUUGUUGUGUUUUCGAGUUCUUUCAAGAACAAACACCAAGGUCUUUAAAGAAGUACUUGAAUAGCUUGAUGCAUUUUGUACUUGGAUUAGGGAUAUUGUUCAAUGUGUUAUCGGUAUAUUUAGUAGGAAAAGUUAGUGGUAGAGGAGGAAGGCAAACUUGGUUUCAGCACAAUCUUAACAGAAGUCGUCUGGACUACUAUUAUUGGAUGCUAGCAGUGUUGAGUGCAAUAAAUCUUGCUUUCUAUAUGUUGGUAGUUUUAUGUUGCUCCAAGUUUAUAGAAUCAGAGAAAACUGAACCUCAAUCUCACUCGGAAAUUGAGGAAGUUGAAGAACUAGAGUUCAGGCGUUUGGAUUGGUUUGAUUUGUUGCCAUUACGUCAGUAAUUAUGUCUUUAACAUCCUUUUUUUUAAGCAAUAUGUUGUAAAACAUCGUAAUAAAGAUUAAAGAUGUUAUUUUCUUAGUUAAGAAAUUUGUAUUUGACACGUAUUUCAAUUUUCCUGACCCUGACUUGACAUUAGGGGUUUACAUAUAUAUGCAUGGAAUUUAUCGGGUUUUGUUGA